AUGUCGUCGUAUCAGCAGCAAUUUGAAAACAUUCAGCAGAGGGUCAGCCAGUUUGGUGAGUCCUUCAUGUCGAGCGUCAGCUCGAUGACGCAUGCUGCGCACUCGGCUGCGACUCGUGAGCAUUACUCGAGCGAGCAGCUCAUGGAGAUGGAGGGCCAGUAUGGCGCCCACAACUAUCACCCUUUACCCGUUGUGUUCGACCGCGCGCAUGGAUCCCGUGUUUGGGACCCUGAGGGCAAGGAGUACCUCGACUUCCUGUCGGCCUACUCUGCUGUCAACCAUGGACACUGCCACCCUGCGGUGGUGGGCACCCUUAUUGCACAAGCCCAGAAGCUGACGCUGUCGUCGCGUGCUUUCUACAACUCUGUCUUUGCUCAGUUUGCCAAAAAGGUAACAGAACUGCUCAAGUAUGACAUGGUCCUUCCCAUGAACACCGGCGCUGAGGCUGUUGAGACUGCUAUGAAGCUCGCCCGCAAGUGGGCCUACAUGAAGAAGGGUGUGCCUGAUGGCAAGGCCCGCAUUCUUAGUGCUACUGGCAACUUCCACGGCCGCACGAUUGGUGUCAUUAGUAUGAGCACGGAGGACGACAGCCGCAACGGUUUCGGCCCGAUGCUCGAGCGUGUCGGCCCUGUUGUCGAAGACCUGACUAUUCGCUAUAACAACGUCCAGGAUAUCGAGACGGCGCUGGAGCGUUAUGGCCACGAGACUGCUGCUGUCCUUCUCGAGCCCAUCCAGGGCGAGGCCGGCAUCAUGGUCCCCGAUGACGACUACUUCCCCAAGGUGGCAGAGCUCUGCAAGAAGCACAAUGUACUCCUGAUCUGCGAUGAAAUCCAAACCGGUCUAGGCCGCACGGGUAAGAUGCUGUGCUGCCAGCACUACGGUAUCCGUCCCGACAUUGUCACGCUUGGCAAGGCCCUCAGCGCUGGUGUGUACCCCGUCAGCGCCGUCCUCGCAGACAAGGACGUGAUGCUCUGCAUCAAGCCUGGUGAGCAUGGCAGCACGUAUGGUGGCAACCCGCUCGGCUCGGCUGUUGCCAUUACGGCUCUGGAGGUGAUUGUGAAUGACAAACUGUGCGAGCGUGCCGAGGAACUCGGACAGUUCUUCCGCGCCGGUCUGAAGGAAAUUAACAACCCUCUGCUUAAGGAGGUUCGUGGCAAGGGCUUGCUUAAUGCCAUUGUAAUUGACGAGACCAAGAGCGUGAAGAAGCGUUCGGCCUGGGACCUGUGUCUGCUGCUGAAGGAGAAGGGUCUUCUCGCUAAGCCGACGCAUCAAAACAUUAUCCGUCUGGCUCCUCCCCUGGUUAUCACUGAGGAGGAACUCAAGCGUGGCCUUGAGAUGAUCAGCGCAGCUCUGAACGAGCUCGAUACGCUGGACGUCAUUCCUGGCGCGGAGGCCCACUAG